CUCUGAGCCAACUUGAGCCAAGUCCACUUGACUUCGACCUUAUUCCCGAAACUACAUAAAUCGCAGUGCCUGAAGUCUUGUACGUCUUGCCUUCGGAAGAGUCACUAAAGUUCCAUAAACUAAAUCAUCUCGAUCUCCAACCAUGGCCAAGAAGAAUUCUGCAUCUGCUGUACCGGUACCGGUACCGGCAAUGGUAUCUGCCCAGAAGAAGAAGAGGGAGACCAAGCCCCGCGCCAACAGUCUGAAGGAGUUGCCUCCUUGUUUCAUUCCUUCAAAUGACUGUGUGAUGUGUGCGAAGGGCAAGCAGGCCAAAGGACAUCCAGGCAAUCAGUUCCUCGUCUUUCUCAUCAAAGCCAAAUUGGAGGAGUACCGUGCUUGCAACUCCAAGGUGGACCGGUCUGGCAUCGUGUCUCAAAUCCUCAAGAAGGUAGCCGACCGUGGUGGCUUGUUUGUUCGCCAGUUGACACAAGACGGCCAGUGGUUUGAUGUGGGGCCGAGGAAUGCAAGGGAGAAGGUCGGGCAAAUGUUCAGGGACUCUCUUAGCGACAUAUUCAGUUCCAGCACCAAGGCCAAGGCUGUGGUUCGUCGCACAAAGUGCUUCUCGAAGGAUGCAGAUACCGACGCCAAGGAGAAACAAGACACCACAAGUGCCAGUAGCAGCACACGUACAAGCAAGACAUCUCAUGAAGCUCCCCCAGGUGCUAUGGACGACUCGAAUCUCCAAGACUUUCCCUUUCCCGUUACCAUGCCACCAGAACAGGAGCAUUCUUCGUACAGCAUCUCUUCCAAGUACGUUCACGACGUCGGCUUCGAAAUGGAAGAUUUCUCAUCUUGGAUGCCUGUCGAUCUUCAUCUUUCCAUGUUCAAUGUAGACCCGCUCCCACUCACGAAUUCGACGAUUGAUGCUGACUUUCAUGACAUCAUUUCGUCGUCUACCUCCUCCUCUGCUUCGGACUCCACUGGUACUGGUUCUGGCAGUGCGAGUGCGAGGGAAGAGUUGGAUACCUCCACCCAGUCAUUGGAACAUGUUUUGGACGAAGUGUCCAAGGGCGACUUUGAUUCGACACACACCUCGGGGUUUUCGUUGAAGAGUGCGUUCCUCAAAGACAAGCAAUAUCGGUACAGCCUGAACUUGGAAACAGACUGAACCAUUCCGCGCCCUCAAGUAAAGCUAGCUAGCAUACCGGUACCCAUUGCAGUUCUGAGUGUCCAUGUAGCUAGCUGACAAAAAUUGGUAUGUCUAAUAUACUAGUAUUGCCUUUGAACUUCU